UCCGCGCCUGUGGCUCCCUGCUGUUCGCUCCGGAGUCCCGCGGCCCGGGGUGUCGCCUUUCUGCCGCGGGAGGCCGGCGCUGCCCUCCCUGCCUCCCCCUCCCCGCCCCUCCCUCGAUCGCUGUGGUCCGGUAGCUCCUGGCGGGCGGCCUGCGGGCGGGCCGCCCUCUCAUCCUUAGCCCACCCCCUCUUAAAGCCGCGGCGGGAAGAUGAGGUUUCGGGAGCCGCUCCUGGGCGGCAACACCGCGAUGCCCGGCUCGUCCCUGCAGCGGGCCUGCCGCCUGCUCGUGGCCGUCUGCGCGCUGCACCUCGGCGUCACCCUGGUCUAUUACCUCUCGGGCCGCGACCUGAGCCGCCUGCCUCAGCUAGUGGGAGUCUCCUCUCCAUUUAAGGGAGGCACGAACGGCACCGCCGCCACCAAGCAGCCCCUGGGAGAGCUCCGGACUCGGGGCGCACGGCCGCCGCCGCCUCUAGGAGUCUCCUCGAAGCCUCGCCCGGGUCCCUCCAGCCCUGGAGCGGCUUUUGACCCCGGCCCGAAGAGCAACUUGACUUCGGUCCUAGUGCCCCCUACCACUGCACUGUUGUCGCUACCCGCUUGCCCUGAGGAGUCCCCGCUGCUCGUUGGCCCCAUGGUGAUCGACUUUAAUAUUCCCGUGGAUCUGGAGCUUUUGGCCAAGAAGAACCCAGAGAUAAAGAUGGGCGGUCGUUUCUCCCCCAAGGACUGUGUUUCUCCUCACAAGGUGGCCAUCAUUAUCCCAUUCCGCAACCGGCAGGAGCACCUCAAAUAUUGGCUGUAUUAUUUGCACCCAAUCCUACAGCGCCAGCAACUGGACUAUGGCAUCUACGUUAUCAACCAGGCUGGAGAAACCAUGUUCAAUCGAGCUAAGCUCCUCAAUAUUGGCUUUCAAGAGGCCUUGAAGGACUACGACUACAACUGCUUUGUGUUUAGUGAUGUGGACCUCAUUCCGAUGGAUGACCACAAUUCCUACAGGUGUUUUGCGCAGCCAAGGCACAUUUCUGUUGCAAUGGACAAGUUCGGGUUUAGCCUGCCCUAUGUUCAGUACUUUGGAGGUGUCUCUGCUCUCAGUAAACAGCAGUUUCUUGCCAUCAAUGGAUUUCCUAAUAAUUACUGGGGCUGGGGAGGAGAAGAUGAUGACAUUUUUAACAGAAUAGUUCAUAGAGGCAUGUCUAUAUCGCGCCCAAAUGCUGUGGUCGGAAAGUGUCGCAUGAUACGACACUCAAGAGACAAGAAAAAUGAGCCCAAUCCUCAGAGGUUUGACCGGAUUGCGCACACAAAGGAAACUAUGCGUUUUGAUGGUUUGAACUCACUUACGUACCAGGUGUUGGAAGUACAAAGAUACCCAUUAUAUACCAAAAUCACAGUGGACAUCGGGACACCGAGAUAGCAUUUUGGAACAAAAUAAGAGACCUGAAAAUGGCCAGGGACCUCAGACGUGUGUCUCUGCCAGUCGACUGGGCUGGUCCCUCGCAUUUGUAUAAUCCGAAUGAUAGUUGUCCUUGCUAUCAUCCAGACGUCUUUCCAGAUGCCCAGGGUGAAUGUAAUGUUUGCCUUGAACCUGGCUGGACACUGGAUGAGAUUCUACCAGGUGUUGGUCAGUGGGAAAAAGGUCAGCCUUCGGAGGCUUCACCUCUCCAAAGACGCAGAGCUGUGCACAGAGCAUAACUGAGUGACUGUGGCUCCCGUUCCCACUGCUGAAACAUGGGGAAGACUUGGCUUUAAUCGGUGACGUUUAUACUCUAUGACAGAUUGGAGGCUGCUGCUGGAUUCAGAUUGAUGUGAUAUUCUUGGAUUUUUUUUUUAUACAAAAAUCAAAUUUCAAUCAGUCUCAUGUUCUGUGCCUGUCCUACGUUCUCUCAUUGGUGUGCAGCUUGAUGCAUGCCAAUGUGUGCUUUCUUAGCAAAAGAAGUUUAAAACUUGAGCCUGGAGCUUGGUGCCCUGUUAGGGUGUGGAUUCCGAGGCCUUGCCCUCGGAGCAGGGGCCUUGGGUACUCUCAACUCACAUGGCCUGUCUUCAAAUCCCUGUCUGAUUUCUGAAUGUAAAGUUUUGGGGGUUUGGGGGGGCUUGUUUGUUUGUUUAUUUGUUUUUUAAGAAGCAGUUUGCAGUGUUUUAAAGAAUAAAUUGAGUUCUGAUUAUG